UUAUGUAACUGCAAUUUUGUGCGCGAAGUACAAAGCGACAAGACCAUCUCUAUUUGGGCGCCUUGCUUAGUUUCAGUUAACAUAAGGAUCUCCGUGGACCUGGUACUGGUCCAUCUACGUUAUCAGACUCGUUCCCUUGUUUUCAGGGGACGGACCCUCCCGGUUCUAGAUGGACUACGGGAAGGAGAGAGUGGUGGCGUUGGUCGACAUGGACUGUUUUUACGUCCAGGUGGAGCAGCGACUGAAUCCAGCUCUGAGGAACACUCCAUGCGUUGUGGCUCAGUACAAGACGUGGAAAGGAGGCAGCAUCAUAGCUGUGAGCUAUGAGGCGAGGGCCCACGGUGUCACCAGAAACAUGUGGGUGGAUGAUGCAAAAAAGCUGUGCCCAGAUCUCCAGGUGGCCAGAGUGCGAGAGUCUCGUGGGAAGGCGGAUCUAACCCAUUACAGAGAAGCAAGUGUGGAAGUGAUUGAGGUGAUGUCUCGUUUUGCUGUGAUUGAGAGAGCCAGCAUUGAUGAGGCCUACAUGGAUCUGACAGCAGCUGUCCAGCAGCGGUGGAAAAACAUGCCUGAUCAACAGAUCAACCCAUGCCUUCUUAGGACUACCUACAUUCAGGGCUAUCCACAAAGUGGACAGGAACCAUCUGCAGAUGACGAUUCCAGCCAAGUUGAUGAUUCCAUCUUGGAUAAAGAGCAGAGAAGGUCCAUAGGGGUCCAGCAGUGGUUGGCGUCCUCAUCCAUAGGAGAGCAGAACUCUGCAGAGAUGCAGCUAACUGUCGGUGCGCUCAUUGUUGAAGAAAUGAGAGCAGCUGUGGAGAAACACACAGGCUUCCGCUGCUCAGCAGGGAUAUCACACAACAAGGUGUUGGCCAAGCUGGCCUGCGGUCUGAACAAACCGAACAGACAAACUGUUCUGCCUUUGGACUCUGUGGCUGAACUGUUCAGCACGCUGCCUAUCAGCAAGAUUCGUAACCUGGGGGGCAAGAUGGGUGCAUCAAUAACAGAAACUCUGGGAGUUGCCAACAUGGGAGAUCUAACUCAGUUCUCUCAAGCUCAGCUGGGGCAGCACUUUGGAGAAAAAACAGGCCAGUGGCUGUAUGACUUGUGUCGGGGGAUUGAGUUUGAAGCUGUGAAACCCAGACAGCUUCCCAAAUCCAUUGGCUGCAGUAAGAACUUCCCUGGUAAAACAUCACUGGCUACGAAAGAGCAGGUGCAGUACUGGCUUCAUCAACUGGCCCUUGAGCUGGAGGAGAGGUUGACCAAAGACAGAGAUGUGAACGGUCGAGUGGCAAAGCUGUUGACAGUCGGCGUUCGCCAGCUUGGUGACAAGAGGCCAAGCAGCUUCUCUCGAUGUUGUGCGUUAGUACGCUACGAGGCGACCAAAAUAUCCAGUGACAGCUUUGCCAUUAUCAAGAGUCUCAACACAGCAGGAAACCACCAAGCCGCAUGGACUCCGCCUCUCACCCUGCUACACCUCUCAGCUAGCAAAUUCAGUGACGCUCCAUCCACUGGGGGGAUCACUGGCUUUCUGUCCAGUGAUGUCACCUCAACACAGACCCUUGUCUCUGCAACUCGGAGCCCCACUCAGCCACCAUCAGAUCUAAAAAAUGGGUCUCUGUGCAGUCAACCUGGAACUAUACAGUCCUUCUUUCAAAAAGCAUCUGGGAAACAAAAACAGGUUCUAAAGGAUGAAGAAGAGCGAGAUGACUGUGCAAGCUCAGAUGAAAUCUCUUCAUCUUCCAUCUUGAAUGAGCAAUUUUCCACUGAUGGUCCUUUUAACUUUAAAAUCAUCUCAGAGAGUCCCCGCUCUGGCAUCUCCUCUUUCUUUCAAAAGAAAAGCCUUGAAAAGAGCUCAAAACCUUCAGCCUUACCGAUGACCACGUCUGAAUCAGAACCUGAAAUCAUAGAUGGAGAUCGCUGUAAAGAUUCUGCUGCUGUUGCAAAGUAUGAACCUCAUCAGCCACGAUGUAAAGAUGAAAGGAUGGAUCCAGAGAGUGAACCAGAACACGACUGGCAACCUCCCAGUGUACCUGUAGAAGACCUGAUAACCUGCGGACGCUGUGGUAAAGAAGUACCGGUCUGGGAAAUGCCGGAACACAACGAUUAUCACUUUGCCCUGGAUCUCCAAAAAUCACUGUCUUCAUCUAUAAAUUCAGCAGCCGUCACUUCCAGUUCCAACACCUCUUCUUCCUCGAAUGCUUCUCCGACUCCUAGAGCGGGAUGCACAACGCUGUCAUCACGGGGCAAAACAAAUACAAGAGGCCAGUCAGGCCCUGCUCCGAAAAGACAGCGCUCCCAAGGAGGAAGUAUGGGUACUCUGGAUUCGUUUUUCAAAAAGAACUGAUGACACAAAUGUAUUUUGACUGCAGUAAAAACAUUCAUCUGUUUUAAUUAAUCUAACAGAACACAUGUAUGAAAAAGCAACCUAGCAGAAUGACCUUGUAAAUUGUACUUCAAAGAAACAACUGCAGAGUAAAGAUAUAAUUUAUUCUGAAUCAUGUUAAUUUUAUUUUAAUAAGCUUAUUUUUUAUAAACUUUCAACAAUUAAAGUUGCUUCUAAAACGUCAUAGCAGUGCACUGCAUUGUGUUGUAAUACUGGGACAUUAAAGCAGGAGUCUAACUUGAA